AUGGCCAUCGAUCGUCCAAUUCCCUCAUUCUAUUGUUGUUAUCUUCUCCGAUCAACCGUCCGACAUAAUGGCUUAUAUAUUGGAUCCACUCCAAACCCAGUCAGACGACUUCGGCAACAUAAUGGAUUGGCAAAAGGUGGUGCCAUGGGCCUGGCAAAAUCCACACAUAACUCAUCACAUCCCACCAUCAUCAAGAAUUUCACACGCAACUCAAAAGAAACGAUCGGGCCAUCCUAA